GACCAUAGGAAAAAGAGAGAGAACGAACAAGCAAGAGCAGAAGUCAUUGUUUAUGUGCCGCGGAGCGUUGUGUUCAGUGAUUUUACGUGAUGGCGUUCAUAAAUUUAAUUUAUUUAACGUUUCUAUGCUGUUUCAUUAGUUUUGCAAACAGCCAAAGGACUCCGACUAUUUCGCACAUCACCCAAGAGCAGAUAAGAGACAUUGGGGGCCAAGUAGACUUAGAUUGCUCUGUACAUUACAGCAAUGAAUACCCUGUCAUUUGGGUUAAAUACGAUCGUCUGAAAACCACUGAGUCUAUACCAUUGUCCAGCAACGCAGGUCUUAUUAUAAGGGAUUCUAGGUUCUCCCUGAGGUACGACGAUGCCACAGCCACGUAUACACUCUCGAUAAAGGACAUACAAGAGAACGACGCCGGCUGGUACCAAUGCCAAGUGCUAAUUUCCAUCAGUAACAAGAUCACUGCUGAAGUUGAACUGCAAGUACGAAGACCGCCUAUCAUAUCCGACAACUCGACGAGGUCCAUUGUAGCUAGCGAGGGAGAGAAUGCGAAAAUGGAAUGUUACGCCGGUGGUUUCCCGCCACCGAAAAUAACAUGGCGUCGUGAAAACAACGCCAUCUUACCUACCGGUGGCUCCAUCUACAGGGGUAACACCAUAAAGAUAAAUGCAGUGCACAAAGAAGACAGAGGCACAUAUUACUGCGUAGCAGAAAACGGUGUUGGUAAAGGGGCCCGUAGAAAUAUCAAUUUGGAAGUGGAAUUCGCUCCUGUAGUCACAGUGCCACGCCCACGGUUGGGACAGGCUCUCCAAUAUGAUAUGGACUUGGAAUGCCAUGUGGAAGCUUAUCCCCCACCCGCUAUCACUUGGCUGAAAGACGAAAUACAGCUUUCUAACAACCAACAUUACAGGAUAUCUCACUUCGCCACGGCAGACGAAUUCACCGACACCACAUUGCGUGUGAUCACGAUCGAGAAACGACAGUACGGCAUGUUCACUUGCAAAGCUCAGAACAAGCUGGGAACGGAUGAAGGCAGAGUGGAGUUGUUCGAAACCAUCAUUCCCGUAUGCCCGCCCGCUUGUGGCCAAGCGAGAUAUGGCGGCGCCGCGUCGAUAGCUCCGUCCGCAGCUACUAUAUUAGCUCUCCUUGCUACCAACGCCGCUGCGAUGUUCGCGAGAGUCUUCAGUACCAAACAUUAACUACAGAGGUUUGAGGCCGGAUCCGUUGUACUAUUCAAAGUCUGAAUCGUCACAUAUCUCGACUAUAUCACUGAUAUUUUGUACUUUACUACCGUUUUAUUUCAACUGGUAACAUUUUGGUAGGAAUAACAUUGCUACGACAAGCGGUUACCUAUGUUAAGGCUUUAAAAAACCCUCAGUGUUUGCAUGUGUAAGAACUACCAAAUAUAUAUAUAUGAAACAAUAACAAAUAAAUUAACAACACUUGCAGAAAAAAUAGGGUCCUUCAAAGGUACGGAAACUUUUAAAAUUGCAGUGAGAGUGGGACCCUUAUGCAUGGCCAUAGUGAAAGCACCAUGAAUUCUAAAACUAAAAUAAGGUUCACCUUAUGAUAAAAUACAUCAAAGGAUAAGGUAUUUGUUUCGAAAAUAACUAUUUUAAAAUAAUCGCCUAUAAAGGUGAUAGUUGCUUGCGCUGAAUGUAGCUAUAAGUAAAGGAAUUCCUCCCAUUUUUUUAUAUGGGCUUCAAACGAAAAUGGCCUUUAGUGACAGGCCUACAACCUUUGCACGUAUUAAAAGAAUUUCUUAAUCUUUUGUAAGUAAAAACGUGUCGGUAUCAGAUCAUGUGACACCUGUCAAUUGUUCACAUGACAGCUAGUGUUUAGGAAAGUAGUGAUUAUUAAUACAUAGAUAUACAGAGAACUUCUGUCAAAUGUCAAAACGUCAAAUUU